AUGCCGCGCCGAACCCGCCGAACCGGAGGGGGCCUAGUGAGCCUCGACGGCUGGUUUGUGGUGUCCGAGGCCAAGCCGAAUGAGGACACUGAGAAGGCCUACGACGCGAUUGAGAUCAACCGCAUGGACGGCUGUCGCAUGGAAGCCCCCGGCGCGAACCUGCUCUUCUGCUUGGAGCCCAAGCAGGUGGCCAACCGAGGCGAGGUGGCUGACUGCGCUGCCGUGCUGUCAGGGAACUGCCGGGCGUGCACGGAGCGAAUCCAGAAGUUCGCGCAGCUGAUCGGAGAGGGCGGAAAUUUCGCUCCUAGGAGCGACGAGCAGUCGACGGUCCGCUUCGAUCCGAGCUGGGGCGUGUCCAACAGGGCAGCGGUGCAUGGGUUCGUGAAGAUGAAGAACUUCUGGUUCAUGGUCUUGCAGGGUGCCCAUCUUCCCACAGAUUCCUCUUGGCCACGGGGUGCAGGGAUGUAUCCUACCAACCUGAAGCCAGAGGCACACCACCACCGCAGCAAGUGGGUCAGCUUCCACUCCCUGGUAGUGCCAGAGGAGACAGCUGGAAGCGGUGUGCCACUCAUUGGCUCAGCAUUGCUGGGCUUCCCAUCCUUCCGCUUCAUCCUUGACGGCAAGGAGAUCUCCGUCUCCGCGGACUGA